AUGUCGGAUUGUUCAGAGUGCCACGGGCGCGGUUGCGGGCGAUGCAGAGAAGAAGACGCCGACGCCGCCGAAGAUGGAGAACUGAUGGGGCACGUCGCGGAGGCGGCCGCCUCGGCGAUAGGUCGCAUCCGGCGCGCGCACGAUCGAAACCUGCUCGCGGGGAUAAAGCGUCGAGCGGCCCGGGAAGCGGAGUGCGAGCUCAUCGCGACCUUGCUCGCACCUGUAAAACGAUCAAAGAUUACGACCGCUAAGGAGCCCUACUACACGCGCGCUGAUCUCGGCAUCGUUGCUCCGAUUAAACGCCCCGUCCGCGAGUGCGCGAAGUCGAUGGCGAUGAUUCGCGCACUACCUCCCGAGACCCGCGACAAGGACAUGAUCACGUACACGCGCCUCACGAUCGAUGAGUUCGACGCUCUAUUAAGCAAGCGACACGCGACUCAGACGCGGGAGGACGGCGAGCUCAUGACCCUAGCCGAGGCGCUCGCCCUCCCGCUAAACAUCCCGCGGAUGGGCCGCGUGCCCCGCACUCCGGCGGAGCGCGACGUUCGCGCGAAAAUGCGGAAGAAAAAAAAGCGUCUGACUCCGGAAGACGAACUCUUCCUCUUCCUCUACGCGGUGACGUCGAACAUCACGUGGAAACGCGUCGCGCUCGAGUUCGGAAUCAGCGAGACGCUGAUAGGGAACACGUACCCGCAUGUCGCGGAGAAUCUCGUGCUCGUGCUGAUCGAUGGGCCGGAUAAGACGGUGGAAUGGCCGAGCGAGGAGGAAAGAUAG